GCAAUGAUGAGCAAUGUUGCCAACUGUCACAUGGUCUACGACUUUCCGACUUUCAUCAUCCAAGAAAAUUAAGAAAUUCAGUUUCACAUCAACGCAUGCCGCUUAAAAAAGGCUGUUAAAUUCAACAGAAAUAGUGUAUUACAGAAUUAAAAGACAAAUAUUAAAAUGGCAUCACAAGUUUUCGGGAGGAUAGGAACACUUGGUUUGGCUGUUGCUGGCGCUGCAGCAGUUGUGAACUCUGCCCUUUACAAUGUUGACGGAGGCCAUAGAGCCGUAAUUUUUGACAGAUUCGUUGGUAUUAAAAAUCAAGUUGUCGGCGAAGGAACACAUUUCUAUAUUCCAUGGGUACAAAAGCCAAUUGUAUUCGAUAUUCGUUCGAGACCAAGAAAUAUUCCCGUUAUAACUGGCAGUAAAGAUCUUCAAAAUGUUAAUAUCACUCUUCGUAUUUUAUUCAGACCACAACCAGAUUCAUUACCAAAAAUCUAUACUAUUCUUGGUGUUGAUUAUGACGAACGUGUUUUGCCCUCAAUUACAAAUGAAGUCUUAAAAGCAGUUGUCGCACAAUUUGACGCCGGCGAAUUGAUAACACAACGAGAACUUGUUUCAUUGAAAGUCAAUGAGGAACUCACUGAAAGAGCAACACAGUUUGGUUUAAUUUUGGAUGAUAUUUCCAUCACUCACUUGACAUUCGGCAAGGAAUUCACUCAAGCAGUUGAAUUGAAACAAGUUGCACAGCAGGAAGCGGAAAAAGCGAGAUUCCUUGUAGAAAAAGCUGAACAACAAAAGAAAGCUGCUGUUAUUACGGCUGAGGGUGAUGCACAAGCUGCAAGUUUACUUGCAAAAUCACUUGGUGAUGCUGGUGAUGGUCUCGUUGAACUUAGAAGGAUUGAAGCUGCUGAAGAUAUUGCGUUUCAACUUGCGCGUUCACGUCAAGUGGUUUAUUUACCUCCCGGUCAAGGUGUCUUACUAAACUUACCACAGUAAAGAAUUAAAAAGAAAAAUCAGGUACACAAUUUUUAUUAGAAAAAAAAAAUCACACAUACACUACAAAGUUCUGAGAACAUUUCUUUCCAAUUUUUACCAGUAUCGCAUCAUUUUGUCAUUAUAGUUUGAUAAAAGAAAGAAAAAAAAACACUGUACAUUCGAAGGUAGGGAAAUAAUGUUGCAUUUUAUGAAGUAGUACAAGUAUUCUUUAUAUAUAUUUCAUUGAAUGAAAGAAAGAAAGAGAGAGAAAGAGAGAAAAAGCAGAAUUUAUAAUAUUGUAGUUGAACAUUAUAAUUUUUAUGCGACAUUUUUUUUUCCUUUUUUUUAUUAAUCCUUGUCAAUUGUCGCCUUUUUGCUUUAUAAAAACAUUCAAUAUUA